AUGAAAUUGGGGAAUAAGCUGCGUACGAUUAUGGUCACACUUAACUUAUUCGGAAAUGUUAACAAACCACUUCCUCCUGAAGAAGAACUACGAACUCAACGACGAAUGACACGUGUCUAUUUAUUCAUCGUUAUUUUAACACUCGGUAUUGUUACGUGGAUUACUGCACUCACCUAUCAAACAAAAACAAUCUAUAUGAACAAACCGACAUUUGACGUCUACCAAAGUUUCGAAGAGCUAGUCGAUUGCCCAUGUGCGAAUGUAUCUAUUCCCUAUCAUACAUUUAUUGACUUGAAGAUGUCAUUUCAUGAAGUAUGUUCAAGUGAUUUUAUCGAUCUGGAUAGUGAUUGGAUGGCAAUGCUCUACUCUUCCUUUUCGCAUGAAAUCAAGUCUGAAGACAAUGUACCUACUUUUCAACGUAUGGCUCUUUCACACUUUCAAGCUUUACGAGUCAUCUGUGAAACAACCAGGCACAGUGCUGAUACUGAGCUCUCUCUUUUCUUGAAUUCGACUUUCGUCUCUACUAGUAUGAUCGGAUCCGAUGUAUUUUAUCAACAAAUACAUGCUACGCUUUUCAAUUUUAAGUCAAAUUCAUUAUCAUCAAACUAUAUUCAUUCACUUGAAUUGAUUCGUAGUAUGUAUUCGAACAAUGUUUUUAUUUCAGCAUUUGGUACCAACUGGUAUACAGAGCUCCGAGGAGUGUGGCCCGGUGCUAAAAUCUACAUGCGACCUCAACAGUACAACAUGUCAUCGUGUAACUGUGCAACGUCAAAAACAUGCGUAGAAACAAUGAAAUUGAGACUCGAGUCUGGAUCGCCAUGGGCAGUGCCGGGAAUGUUAUCUGGUUGUCUGCCAUUAGAUUCGAUGCUUGAAUCUACUUUAGAAUGUUUAUAUGACCAAUCAUGUAUUGAUAAGAUAAGUGAAGCACUUGAUUCCUCUAUACGUUAUACUCCACUCAUUGCUGAUCAUACUCGUUUUCAUCCAGUCAAUAUUAUGAAACUAGACAAUAUUACAAAACAGCUUUUCAUCGAGAAGUGGUCGGAGAGCGUUUCUUUUGAGGCAUAUUUCAAUGCUUGUCACAUAGAUAAAUGUUCAUAUACAAUUUCCAAACGUUUCAAUAUUGGAUAUAUCUCAUCUACAGUUAUUGCUUUUUAUGGUGGUCUUAGUGUUGGACUUACCGUUACUAUUCCUCUUCUCUUCAAAAUUGUUAAAAAGUGUCUCUUAAACCGAAACAGUCGACGAGUGAUAUCUGGCGACACUUCUUAA